AUGGUGUCGGAGGACCGGCUUGUUGAUGAACUCAUGAAGCAGAAGUUUGAAUAUUUUAUAAUAACUGUUUUUCAACCUUUUGUUAUAGGUGGGUGGUCAGUGAUCCUGUGCCCUCAUGGUGUGGUGUACAGUUUGAAGUUCAACCUAAGGGCCGAGUCUCCAAGAGAUUAUGCCGAUCUUCUAUUGUCUUGGAUGCACAUGCCAAAUGUGUCUGCUUACGAUUUUGCUCGGGGCUUGGCAACUCAUGCCAACCUCCGAUCCCCAACCUCCCUGCCUUUCCAGCCACAUGAAGGGAGACUGGCUGCAUCUACCCAAGAGAACAUCACAGCAGCACAGCAGAAAAAACUCAGUGUCCCUCUACCAUGGCUUACUGAAAAGUUACAAAGACCCGAUGAAGAUGGACAUCCUGUCACUGGUUCCUCAGACCACUAUGUUUUAUAUGACAGAUUCCACGAGGCCAACACAAACGAUCCAAAGGAAGUCUUAAGAAGGCUCAAUCUGGUCCCUGAACUGCAGGGUUCUUUUAAUAGCCAGGUGGCUGAGCAGCUGUUUUCUAGCAUGCAGAAAAACAACUACUUUCUGAACAACUUGGCACCAUCGACACACAUUUUUUUGAUGAGAAACCUUGUUCAUCAUAAAAACAGCAACACAAAUGCAAAACUUUUGGAGCAGCAGCUACAGAGAGGACAUGAAACACAUCAGGUGCAGGACAUCUUCCUAAACAGCGUUGGACAAGCAGUUCUUGGUAAAUAUGAGGUCAAAGAAAAGUAUUUUUUUUCCAAUUGUAAUUUGUGAAACUGCUUUUAUUGAAUAAUUAU